CAGUGGUCUUCCCUUCUCAUCUUCCAUCAUGGCUUUCUUGAAGGACACGUGUCGUUCUGUAGGAUUUUUCAUUUCUACUUUGGUUGUUUUGCUGGCCUGCUUUGAUCUGACCGAAGCAGGAGGGAAAACUCUUGUCCUUCUUGAUAAUGCCAACACAAAAGAGACACAUUCCAUCUUUUUUAACUCUCUGAAAGAAAGAGGAUUUGAUCUGGUAUUCCGCUCUGCUGAUGACUCAAGCCUCUCUCUUGUAAAAUACGGAGAAUUUCUCUAUCAGCAUCUUGUGAUAUUUUCACCAUCUGUUGAAGAAUUUGGUGGUUCGCUGAAUGUCAGAGCAAUCACUGACUUUAUUGAUGGAGGAGGAAAUGUUCUUGUGGCAACAAAUUCUGCAAUUGGUGAUCCCAUCCGUGAGCUUGGAAGUGAAUGUGGAGUGGAAUUUGAUGAAGAGAAAACUUCUGUUAUUGAUCACAUCAACCAUGAUGUUUCUGAUUUGGAUCAGCAUACUCUAAUUGUUGCCGACCCUUCAAAUGUCAUCAAGGCUAGCACUGUUACAGGACACUCAGUGACAAACCCCUCAUUAUUUAAAGGAGUUGGAAUGACUGCUGAUCCUGACAAUCCCCUUGUAAUGGAGGUCUUGACGGCAUCUUCUACUGCUUAUUCAUACUACCCUGAUGUCAAGAUAUCUGAGUAUCCACAUGCUGUUGGCAAGAGCACUUUGUUGAUUGCUGGUCUUCAAGCCAGGAACAAUGCCAGGGUUGUGUUUUCAGGUUCAUUGGAUUUCUUCAGUGACGAAUAUUUCAACAAGCCUGUGCAGAGUUCCAAAGCUGGUUCCAAACAGUAUGCUAAAUCUGGAAACCAAGACCUGGCCAUUGCUCUGAGCGAAUGGGUUUUCAAGGAGAAUGGUGUCCUUCGUGUGGGAGAAGUGAAACAUCAUCGUGCAGGAGAAGCAUCACCUCCAGCUGCCUACACCAUUGAAGAGGAUGUGGUUUACAGCAUCAGAAUUGAGGAGCUGGUUGAUGGAAAGUGGGAAUCAUUCCAAGGGACUGAUGUGCAAUUGGAGUUCUUCAGGAUUGAUCCAUUUGUGAGGACAACACUCAACAAGUCAAAUGAUGGCCUCUUUGUUGCAAAGUUCAAACUGCCUGAUGUGUAUGGGGUGUUCCAGUUUAAGGUGGAAUAUAACCGUGUGGGUUACACUUACCUCCACAGCAAAACUCAGGUUUCUGUACGUCCCAGAGAACACACUCAGUACGAGCGGUUCAUUCCAUCUGCAUAUCCUUACUAUGCCAGUGCCUUUUCUAUGAUUUUGGGGUUGUUUAUCUUUAGCUUGGUAUUCCUACAUCAUCGAGAUGAAGUAAAGAGCAAGGCAGACUAACCAGGCCCUUUUUAAGCUUGGAUUCAUCACCAUUUGUAGAUUUUUUUUUAAGUCAAUAAAAUCUGUAACUUGUUACCCAA